AUGGCAGCUGGAGAGUCCCCUCCCGUAGGAGAUGUCUUCAUCGACUUGCAGCAGGGCAGAGAUCAUGCAGAGAAAGCUUCUCCUGGUGCCGAGGACGAUGAGGACUUGGAUAAGACUUUGUCAAUCGAGAGAUUUGGGGACCUGAUAAGCAAGUCAGCAUCAAGCAGUCUGGAGAAGCAAAGUCGCAGCUACAGUGAGAGAGAUUUUGAAUUCCACCGCCAAACCUCGCACCACAUCCAUCAUCCCCUUUCCACUCACCUCCCUUCUGCCCUCAAGUUCCAAAAGAGGCCCCCCCGUGCCAGCAGGAGGAAAAAAAGGAAGAGGAAAAAGAAGAAAACCUCGGUACCCCCCUCAGAGGUUACCCCCACCAUCCAAGAAGAGGACGAGGAGGGAGGAGAAGAGGAGGAAGAAGACGAAGAAGAAGAAGAGGAAGAAGGAGAAUCUGAAGCAGAGGAGGUCCAGGAGAAAGAAGUCUCUGCAGAGUCUGAGAGCAAAGCUUGUGGGAAGGACACAUCCCCUAAGCUGGAGCCCCCAAGCAAACCAAAGUUUACUGUCGGCAGCGAUGAGGAGGACUGCAGCAGCACUCUGGCUCCUGCGCAGUUCCACGUGGAGGAGGAGUGUGGCAUCCUGUCCCCUGUGCCACGCUUUGCUGACCUGCUGCAGGACAAGGGCCCUGCCUCCCUCCGCAGCCCUCCAGGGCCUCGAGAAUGUCUGUCACGCGGGUGGGAGAAGCGCAAGCCCUGGGGCCAGGUGGCAAGUGGACAACGGGUUACCUAUGACUUAAAGGAGAGGAUGUGCAUCGGCAGCAUGACCACGCUGGAGAGUGCAGCAUACCAGCGUGUCCCCACGGAUGAGGCCGAGGCCCAGAUGUUGGCAUCUGCUGACUUGGAUGGCAUGAAAAGCCACCGUUUUGAAGAUAACCCUGGUGUUAGGAGGCAUCUAAUGAAAAAACCAUCUCGGAGUCAGAUCACCAGGACAAGUAAAAAAUUAGCAUCAACUCCAUCUGUCAAGAAAAAGAAGAAGAAGAAGUUGGAUAGAAAACCCCAUGAGGUGUUUGUGGAGCUGAAUGAGCUGGUGGUGGAUAAGAACCAGGAGAUGCACUGGAGGGAGACAGCCCGCUGGAUCAAGUUUGAGGAGGAUGUGGAGGAAGAUACAGCAAGGUGGGGGAAACCCCAUGUGGCUUCGCUGUCCUUCCGCAGUCUGUUGGAGCUCAGGAAGACGAUUGCCCAUGGUGCUGUCCUCCUUGACCUGGAGCAGACAACUCUACCUGGCAUUGCUCACCUUAUGGUGGAGACCAUGAUCAUCUCUGACCAGAUCAGAGCAGAAGAUCGAGCCAAUGUGCUGCGUGCCCUGCUACUGAAGCACAGCCACCCCAAUGAUGAGAAAGAUGGCUUCUUCCCAAGGAACCACUCCAGCUCCAGCAUGAACUCCAUCGUGGGGAACCACCACCACAACCACACCACAGACACUUGUGUGCCUCUCAUGGGGGAAGAGCGCAUCGAGAUGGCUGACCCCAAGGCCAACGAGACUGAGUGCAAAGAGAAAAACCUGCAUCUCCAUAACUCAGAGGGCCACCGUAAAUACCUGAAACUGAUGGAGAAGAUCCCUGAAGAUGCGGAGGCCACAGUGGUCCUUGUGGGUUGUGUGCAGUUCCUGGAGCAGCCAACUAUGGCCUUCGUCCGACUAAAUGAGGCUGUCUUUCUGGAAUCUGUCUUGGAGGUCCCAAUUCCUGUCAGAUUCAUCUUUGUGCUGCUGGGACCAAGCCAGGCCAACAUGGACUACCAUGAAAUUGGCCGCUCAAUUUCCACCCUCAUGUCCGACAAGCAUUUCCAUGAGGCUGCAUACAUGGCAGAUGACCGUCAAGACCUCCUCAACGCAAUCAAUGAGUUCUUGGACUGCAGCAUUGUCAUACCCCCAUCAGAGGUGGAGGGGAAAGACUUGCUCAAAUCCAUUGCCACCUUCCAGAAGUUGCUGCUGAGGAAGAGGAAGGAGAGGGAGCAGAAGUCAAUGAAGGAAGGGACCAUUCAGGAAGCCAAAGAGCUGUGUGAAAUGAAAGCUGAGGAAGAAGAGGAGGAAGCUGAGGACGACCCUUUGAAACGGACCGGGAUAUUUUUUGGAGGUCUGGUUCGGGACAUAAAGCGCAGGUACCCCAAAUACCUCAGUGACAUCAGAGACGCCUUGCACAGCCAGUGUCUCGCAGCCGUUCUCUUCAUCUACUUUGCUGCUCUCUCUCCUGCCAUCACCUUCGGGGGACUCCUAGGAGAGAAAACGGAGGGUCUCAUGGGUGUCUCCGAGCUGAUAAUCUCCACCUCGGUUUUAGGGAUCCUAUUCUCCCUGCUUGGAGCCCAGCCACUUCUGGUCAUUGGCUUCUCAGGGCCUCUGCUGGUGUUUGAAGAAGCUUUUUACAAGUUCUGCCAGACACAAGGCAUUGAAUAUCUGACAGGUAGAGUGUGGAUUGGUUUCUGGCUCAUCGUCUUCAUCUUCAUUAUCGUGGCAGCUGAGGGAAGCUUCUUGGUGCGCUACAUCUCGCCCUUCACCCAGGAGAUCUUUGCUUUCCUCAUCUCCCUCAUCUUUAUCUACGAGACCUUCUACAAACUGUACAAGGUGUUUGCAGAACAUCCUCUUCUGAAGUUCUACCCACCAGACGUGCAGAGCAGCCUGAAUGCCAGCAUGCUCUCUGCAGAUGCGAUGUCACUGGGAACCAGGAUGCAGCCCAACACGGCUCUCCUCUCCCUCAUCCUCAUGCUAGGCACCUUCUUCAUUGCCUUCUUUAUGCGCAAGUUCAAGAACAGCCGUUUCUUAGGAGGAAAGGCUCGGCGGAUCAUUGGAGACUUUGGUAUCCCCAUCUCCAUCCUGGUCAUGGUGCUAGUGGAUUACACCAUCACUGACACAUACACGCAGAAGCUGAAUGUUCCCUCUGGCCUGUCGGUCACAUCUCCUCACAAGCGUGGCUGGUUCAUCCACCCUAUGGGCAGCAGUGGGACCUUUCCGCUGUGGAUGAUGUUUGCCUCUGCCAUCCCUGCCCUCUUGGUCUUCAUUCUUAUCUUCAUGGAGACACAGAUCACCACGCUGAUUGUUAGCAAGAAGGAGAGAAAGUUGCUGAAAGGCUCUGGCUUCCACCUGGACCUUCUGCUCAUUGGCACUAUGGGGGGGCUUUGUGCACUCUUUGGGCUGCCCUGGCUGACUGCAGCAACAGUGCGCUCUGUCACCCACGUCAAUGCCCUGACUGUCAUGAGCAAGGCCAUUGCACCAGGAGAGAAGCCCAGAAUCAAGGAGGUGAAGGAGCAGCGUGUGACUGGAGUGCUUAUUGCUGUCCUCGUUGGUCUGUCCAUUGUGAUGGGAAACAUGCUGCGGCAGAUCCCACUGGCUGUGCUCUUCGGCAUAUUCCUCUACAUGGGGGUUACGUCGCUCACUGGCAUCCAGCUCUAUGAGCGGCUGCUUCUGAUAUUCAUGCCAUCCAAGCACCAUCCUGACCACAUCUAUGUUGUCAAGGUGAAGACCUGGAGAAUGAAUCUCUUCACUUGCAUUCAACUGGCCUGCAUUGUGCUGCUGUGGGUGGUGAAAUCCACAGUGGCAUCCCUGGCCUUCCCCUUCGUCCUGAUCAUGACAGUGCCAUUGCGACGUUUCGUGCUGCCCCGUUUCUUCCACGACAGGGAGCUCAAAGCGUUGGACUCAGAGGAUGCAGAGCCAAACUUCGAUGAGGAUGGCCGGGACGAGUACAAUGAGCUGCACAUGCCUGUGUGA